UUCUUUAUCACCUGCCUCUAUUUGCGUGUCGUUGAGUUCUCCAACUGCAUCUCUUUACCCCUGUUGCUUUUCCUUCCGUGUUUUUUGUGCUUGGCCAAAAUCUUUGUUCACUUUACGUUUUACACUCAAUCUUCUCUCUGCUUUGCCUUCUUCAACUCUUUUGCUUCUUUUAUUCAUCUGGGUUUCUUUGCUUCGUUGUUUCCUAGUUAUCAAACUUGUCAUGUUGGUCUUCAUUUUCUUCAGGUUGAUCAGGGCUUUGUAGCUGAUUAUUGCAAUGUAUUGCUUUCACUGCUUCACCAGACGCAUAAGACGAAGGUCAUCAAAACCUGAGCUCAAAGAAGAAUUGAAGUCCCGAAACUCCGAGGUCAAUAGAAUUACCGAAUCUUUGUCCGCAUCACCCUCACCACGCGGGAUUCCAGAAUUGUAUGAAGAGAAGGCUCACAAUUUGCGUGUUUUCUCCUUCGCUGAACUCCAGCGAGCUACAAAUAAUUUCAGUAGGCUUUUGAAGAUUGGUCAGGGUGGGUUUGGGAGUGUAUUUAAAGGUUCAAUCCAGGCCCCUGGUGGGAAUAAUAAGGAGUUUAUUUCGGUUGCCAUCAAAAGGCUCGAACCUGAUGGAUUCCAGGGUCAUAAGCAAUGGUUAGCUGAAGUUCAGUUUCUCGGCGUUGUGGAGCACCCAAAUCUUGUCAAACUAAUUGGAUAUUGUGCUGUGGAUACUGAAAGAGGGAUCCAGAGACUACUUGUAUAUGAAUACAUGCCGAAUAAAAGCUUGGAAUAUCAUCUUUUCCACAAGGCAUAUGAUCCUCUUCCUUGGAAAACAAGACUUGAAAUAGCACUUGGAGCAGCUCGAGGGUUGGCAUAUCUCCAUGAAGAAUUAGAAGUUCAGGUGAUAUAUAGAGAUUUUAAAACCUCAAAUGUGUUACUGGACGAAAAUUUUAGGCCAAAACUUUCUGAUUUUGGACUUGCUAGGGAGGGGCCAAUAGCUGGGCAUACUCAUGUUUCAACUGCAGUGAUGGGAACAUAUGGCUAUGCUGCUCCAGAUUACAUUGAGACAGGGCAUCUCACUACAAAGAGUGAUGUAUGGAGUUUUGGUGUGGUUCUCUAUGAAAUUCUUACUGGCAGGCGAUCACUGGAUCGAAACCGGCCAAAGACGGAACAGAAGCUUUUGGAGUGGGUGAAACAGCACCCUACUAACAGAAGAAGCUUCAGCUUGAUAAUUGAUCCAAGAGUUGAAGGCCAAUAUUCCAUAAACGGAGCGCGAAAUAUCGCCAAGCUUGCAGAUGAUUGUCUGAGUAAAAGUGCUAAAGAUCGACCAAAGAUGAGUCAGGUGGUGGAGAGGUUGAAGCAAAUAAUCAUCAUAAAUUCAGAUGAAGGUAAUCCUGAUGAGAAAGAUAUUAACCUGUUGGAAAAUGACGAUUUUCCUGAUAAAGAAAAAAAGCUAAAUCAACCAAACCCUUCAAAGUUGUGGCAAAGGAGGAUGGAUCAUCUUGCAAAACUUGGUGAGCAUGUGGAGACUGCUAUAGGACGAAGAUUUUUGAUCCUACAAAAGGCCAAAGCUGGUUCUUAGUUCUAUCAAUAUUAUGAACCAAGCACAAAAACUGUAUCUAUAUGAUAUUUGUUAUUAGAUAAUAAUAUCUCAAUUUUGAAACAAAUCAACAAAUUAUGUAUCAGCACUAUGUACAGUACUGCUUUACCUGUCACAUGGCAUGUUCUGUAUUUUGCAGCAUUCUACUCAAUAUUAGGCAGGAAUACCAUCGUUGUAAUA